AUGUUUGGUGCAUUGAGACACCUUUGUACGCGGGUGUUAACACCGCGUACUCUAGUCAUGCGUAACUCAGCGUUGGUCCGUCCUCUGCAUACAAUGCAAGAUAGGUUGACGGUAUGUGCGGAGCCAAUUAUGUUUAUACAACCCGUGGCAAUUGAGGAAGCGGGCCCAUUACCCGAUGAGGUAUUUGUGGACAGUGUGAUGCGUAAGAGACGGCUUAAGAUGAAGAAGCACAAGUUGCGCAAGAGAAGAAAGAGGCAGAAGGCAGAGAGAAGAAAACAGUCACAAGGUAAGUAA